AUGGAUGGGUGUUUAACCCCUGCAGUGCUGGCACCGAGCCGUGGAUUCAGUGUGGAUGUGGAGGGACCCAUCACCUUCCAGGAGGCUGCUGCGGGAUUCGGGCAGAGCGUGGUGCAGUUCGGGAAUGCCAGCACUGGGAGGCUGAUCGUCGGGGCCCCACUGCAGACGGGAGAUGUGAAUGAAACUGGCAAAGUCUACAAGUGUGACCCGGGCUCUGGACAAUGCCAGGAGAUCCCCAUCCAGAGUAGGGGCCCCCUGUGCUGUGGGGUGCAGUGGGUUAGAGCAAGUGGUCUGGGAGUCAGGACUCCUGGGUUCUAUCUCCAGGACUGUGAGAUCUAGUGGGUUGGAGU